CCAAAUAACAAAAUAAUUACAUCUUCUUCCUUUUAUGGUCACUUUUCUCUUUGCUUUUUUUAAACAAAUGAAAGCCGCUUCAUUGCAGAAGCAAAGCCAGUAACUACUACAAAUAUAUUGAAUUUUCCAAUAAAGAGACAAUUAAAAAUUCAGUCAUCUAGACCUUCCCUCCUUUUGUUUUUUUUCUUUUUAAAUCCAAGUUAGUGAAACUUGGAUUGUUUUUUUUCUUUUGGGGGAGUAUCCGUACAACUCUGAAAGUACUUUUUUUUCCUCUUGUUUGAUUGGUGUUGCGGUGGUGAUGGGGAAAGUGGCAGUAGGGGCGGCGGUGGUGUGCGCGGCGGCUGUGUGUGCAGCAGCGGCGCUGGUGGUGCGUCACAGGAUGAAGAGUUCGGGGAAGUGGGCCCGGGCGCUGUCUAUACUGAAGGAGUUUGAGGAAAAGUGUGGGACCCCAAGUUCGAAUCUUAAACAGGUGGCUGAUGCCAUGACCGUUGAGAUGCACGCCGGGCUCGCGUCAGAGGGUGGCAGCAAGCUCAAGAUGAUCAUCAGCUAUGUACAUAAUCUCCCCACUGGUGAUGAGAAAGGGCUGUUUUAUGCCCUUGACCUUGGUGGCACAAAUUUCCGUGUUCUGCGUGUGCACUUAGGUGGUAAAGAAAGCCGUGUUGUUAAGCAGGAAUUUGAGGAAGUUUCUAUUCCUGCGCAUUUGAUGACUGGAUCUUCAGAUGAAUUAUUUGAUUACAUUGCUUCAGCUCUUGCAAAAUUUGUUGCUACGGAAAGUGACAGUCAACAUGUUUCACCUGGUAGACAAAGGGAGCUGGGGUUCACUUUCUCAUUUCCUGUUAGGCAAACAUCAAUAUCAUCAGGGACUCUUAUAAAAUGGACAAAGGGCUUUUCAGUAGAAGAUACAGUUGGACAAGAUGUUGUUGGAGAAUUGACCAAAGCAAUCGAAAGGGCUGGCCUUGACAUGCGUGUGGCAGUUUUGGUCAAUGAUACAGUCGGCACAUUGGCUGGUGGUAGAUACAACAACCCAGAUGUUGCUGCUGCCGUGAUAUUAGGUACUGGCACAAACGCAGCUUAUGUAGAGCACGCCCAUGCAAUCCCCAAAUGGCACGGUCUUCUACCUAAAUCGGGGGAGAUGGUUAUCAACAUGGAAUGGGGUAACUUUCGGUCUUCAAACCUUCCACUAACAGAAUAUGACCAAGCACUUGAUGCUGGGAGUCUAAACCCUGGAGAACAGAUUUUCGAGAAAAUGAUAUCUGGUAUGUAUUUGGGAGAGAUUGUACGUAGAGUUUUGUGCAAGAUGGCUGAAGAAGCUGCCAUUUUUGGUGAUACUGUCCCACCAAAGUUGAAAAUUCCUUUCAUACUUAGAACCCCUAACACAUCUGCAAUGCAUCAUGACACAUCUCCAGAUCUGAAAGUGGUCGCCACCAAACUUAAGGAUAUAUUAGAGAUAUCAAAUACCUCUUUGAAAUUGAGGAAGCUUAUUGUUGAGGUGUGUGACAUUGUUGCUACUCGUGGUGCUCGCCUAUCUGCUGCUGGAAUCGUGGGUAUCCUCAAGAAAUUAGGAAGAGACACAGUGAAAGAUGGUGAAAAGCAGAAGUCAGUGGUAGCUUUAGACGGCGGGUUGUAUGAGCACUACACUAAAUUCAGAACCUGCAUGGAGAACACCCUCUGGGAAUUGCUAGGAGAAGAAGCCUCCGAGAACAUUGCUGUUGAGCACUCCAUGGAUGGGUCUGGCAUUGGGGCAGCCCUCCUGGCAGCCUCUCACUCCCAAUACAUUGAAGUUGAGGAACCCUGAAGAUGGUUGAAGUGUAGGUAGGUUAAAGAAUCACAGCUAUUCGGAAUUUCACUUUCCUCUUUCUUCUUUCAGUUUUUUCAGCUUUUGCAUUCGUAGUCCACACUCAUCCCAAGUUAUGGUCUCUUUGAUGCCAGCAAAUGUGUAAGUUAUGGUGAUCCGGGGUGUCUAAUCAAGCAACGAUCAAAUGUCAUGAGUGGCUGAUAGUAAACCAAGGAACUUUGGUCAUCGAUCCCUAAACUGGUUCUGAAAAGAAAUGUAAUGUAUGGUUAGAGAGGUCCAAGGAGUGAAAUCGCUGCGUAAUAAUAAUUUUAUCAACAUUUUGAGGUUUGGGUCAUUAGAUGUUUCAUGGUCGGCUACGUAUCUUUUGGAAAACUUGAGCCAAUGACGAUACUAAAACUGCCAACGACACUACUUUUCUCAGUACAGAUCCCACCCCUGCCAACUCCUUACCGAAAGAUUGCUUUUGUGAGAUGUUGUUAGGGUCUUACAAGGUAAAAAAUCCUUUAGUUUCAAGCGAUGGUCCGCUUCCUGUUAUUAGACAGAUAAACCUUUUUGAAUCGAGUGCCUGUAUACAUGCACUUGUGUCUCACAACAAUGGCAGGCAUUAAAACUGAAAACCGAAUGUGCGCGCUACCCAUUUCUAAACAUUGUAACAUUGAAGAGAUAGCAUUGCCCUCUUAUUGCAGAA